GGUAUUUCCUGAAAAUCUUUUAUUAAAUAACCUCUAGGAUCAAACCAAUCCUGUCAAACAUAUUUGAUCAACGAAUGUCUGCAUUUUCAUUCUGUCUUUCAUACCAGGGGGGGCUCAGAGUGAAGCAGCGCCUUGGAUGGAUGGAAAGGCGGCAGUGCAGAGUGGAGAAGGGUGGGGCCGGAGCCGCGGAACCCGGAUGCUGAUGCUGCCCGAUGGAGAACAGGAAGCUCAGCUGAAUGAGGAGUGAGGGAGGCGAACGGGGAUGCAGAGAGCAAAGUAGGGCAUCCUGUCAGUGAGAACCCCCCCGAAGCCUCGCUGCAGGCGGAGGAGAUGCUGUGAUAACGUGAACCGGCCAGGAGGGAGAGGCGUAGAGUGGAAGAUGCUUGUUGUUCCUGGAAACGAGCGCUAACCCCCCCACCGCGGCUCACCGAGCAGCCCCCCGGUCCGCCGCCGCUGCUGUUCUGGGCGCCGCGCGCUCCUCCUGCUCCGCCCGGAGGCUGCCGGCUCCUUCACGCUACUCCUCUGUUUUUCAUGAUGGAGGGCUGGUAAGGGGGAGUUAGGGGUUGGGGGGAUCAAAGUGUGCACCGGAUAUUGGAAAAGCCAUUCUUCUGGCUGAUGCUGCCGCGAUCGCAGAUCACAGCCUAACGACGCCGCAUCCCCACAGACGCGCGGAUCCUGACCUUCGCGAGGCCCCGCGCCACGGUGGAACCGGAAUGAGUGCGGGACGGUGGGGGCUUUUCUGCAGGACGGGGGUCCCUGAUAUCGAUCCGAGCAUCAGCAUGGAAUCAGCGACGCCUCUCUGAGUUGGGAUAUUUGAGACUCUGCUUUUACGGAAAUCAAUCUCUGGCAAAUGUAGGCUUCCUGUCCGGAACGGGAGCAGAUUUUCUCCUCUUCAGCUGCAGCUGAAUCAACUGGCUCUAAACUGUAUAGAAGGGAGGGGGGGGCUUGAAUUCACUUUUGGGAAACCGCCCCUUAUCCAUCCCCCGGUGAGUUACGCUCUGCGUAAAAAAAGGAAAAUCAAAUGGAUGAAGACACUAAAGGAAACAGAGAAGAGGCACAAGAGUAAAAAGGACUUAGCGUGGGGGGUGGGGGGUGGGGGUCUGACCGCAUGACAAGUGUAUGGGAGUAGCCUACAGGGCCCGGCUCCACAUCACGACCAGUCCUCCGCAGCCGCCGGGGAUGCGCGGCGCCGCGUUUUUACGCGCGGAGCUGCCGUCUUGAUUCGCCUCAUUUCCAGGGAUCUGUCAUCUGUCAGGAAGAAUGAGCAGCAAAGAAGUCACGACGGGCCAGUCCAACCAGUAUGUGGGGCCCUACCGGCUGGAGAAGACCCUCGGGAAGGGGCAGACAGGGCUGGUGAAGUUGGGUGUCCACUGCAUCACGGGGCAGAAGGUGGCCAUAAAGAUCGUGAACCGGGAGAAGCUCUCCGAAUCAGUUCUCACUAAGGUGGAGAGAGAAAUAGCUAUUCUUAAACUAAUAGAGCACCCUCAUGUUCUGAAGCUGCAUGAUGUCUAUGAAAAUAACAAAUACCUUUAUCUGGUUUUGGAGCACGUGUCUGGUGGAGAACUUUUCGAUUAUCUGGUGAAGAAAGGCCGGCUGACCCCCAAAGAGGCCAGGAAAUUCUUCAGACAAAUCAUCUCCGCCCUCGACUUCUGCCACAGCCACUCCAUAUGCCACAGAGACCUGAAGCCAGAGAAUCUCCUCCUGGAUGAGAAGAACAACAUAAGGAUAGCAGAUUUUGGCAUGGCGUCGCUCCAAGUCGGGGACAGUCUUCUGGAAACCAGCUGCGGAUCUCCUCAUUAUGCCUGCCCAGAGGUCAUACGGGGGGAGAAGUAUGAUGGACGCAGAGCUGAUGUCUGGAGCUGUGGAGUCAUCCUCUUCGCGCUGCUUGUGGGCGCGUUGCCCUUUGACCACGACAACCUGCGGCAGCUCCUGGAGAAGGUGAAGAGCGGCGUUUUCCACAUGCCUCACUUCAUCCCGCCUGACUGCCAGGCUCUGCUCAAAGGGAUGAUUCAGGUCGACCCCGACAAGAGACUCUCGCUGGAGGCGAUCCAGAAGCACGCCUGGUACCUGGGGGGUCGUAACGAGCCAUGCCCAGAGCAGCCUCCCCCUCGCCUGGUGUGCGUGAAGAGGAUCUUGUCCCUGACAGAACUGGACCCAGACGUCCUGGAGAGCAUGUACUCGCUGGGGUGCUUUAGGGACCGGGUCAAACUCACACAGGAUCUCACCAGUGCGGAAGAAAACCAGGAAAAAAUGAUCUACUACCUUCUGUUGGACAGGAAGGAACGAUACCCCAGCUGUGAAGACGAGGACCUACCGCCCAGAAAUGACAUUGACCCCCCCCGGAAGCGAGUGGACUCGCCCAUGCUUACACGCCACAGUCGCUGCCGUCCAGAAAGGAAAAGUUUAGAGGUCCUCAGUGUCACUGAUCAGGGGUCUCCCACCCCGCCUCGCAAGGCCCUGGACACAAACGCACACAGUCAAAGGUCUCGCUCAGUCAGUGGAGCAUCCACAGGUCUGUCCUCCAGUCCUCUCAGCAGUCCCAGAAGUCCAGUCUUCACUUUCAGCCAAUCAGAAGUCACCUCCGCCUCUGCUCCCUCCUCCAAAGACCCCAAACCAGGAAGUGCCACCACCCCGCGGGGCGUCCAUUCCACGCCCGACUCAAAAACCCAGACUUUGCCUUCAAAGGGUCCCGCUGAACGACCCCAUCUCCAUUCCAUGAAGUCCCUCCCACUCCAAAACCCCCGCUCUCCUUCCCCCUCUCCCUCCCCCAUCCUCUCCCCCAUCCCACGCUUCUUCAACUUCCCGUCUCCGUCCCUCUUCAAGUCCAAGAACUCCUCCUCUAACUCGUCUGCCGCCCCUGUGUCGCAGGUCACGCCACAGGGCUCGCCGCUGCCCACCCCGCUGGGCACCCCUGUGCACCAAACCCAGCACCCAUCUUCCACCACCCCUCCCUCCUCUUCCUCCUCUUCCUCCAGAGUGGAUGGAGGAAGCGGGGCCUCUCUGACGCCAACCCCACCCCCCAGUCCUGGCGGCAGCGGCAGUUUGGCAGCCUCAGGCUCCGCCCACUGGAGAUCGCGGCUCAACUCUUUCAAGAAUAAUCUGCUGGGGUCCCCGCGCUUUCACCGCCGAAAGCUGCAAGUCCCCACGUCGGAGGACAUGUCCAGCUUGACUCCAGAGUCCAGUCCAGAACUGGCUAAGAGGUCCUGGUUCGGUAACUUCAUCAGCCUGGAGAAAGACGAGCAGAUCUUCGUUUUGAUCAGAGACAAGCCGCUCAGCUCCAUCAAGGCCGACAUCGUCCACGCCUUCCUGUCUAUCCCCUCCCUCAGCCACAGCGUGUUGUCUCAGAACAGUUUCCGGGCAGAGUACAAGUCGUCUGGCGGCCCGUCUGUCUUCCAGAAGCCUGUCAAAUUCCAAGUGGAAAUCGGUUUCUCUGAGGGGGAGAGAGAACGAGAGCGGGAACGAGCAGAGAGAGACCGCAGAAGAGAGAUGGGCCUCUACAGUGUCACCUUCACGCUCCUGACAGGACCCAGCCGCAGGUUCAAGCGGGUUGUGGAAACCAUUCAAGCUCAGCUCCUCAGCACCCAUGAUCAGCCCUCAGUGCAGGCACUGGCUGAUGAGAAGAACGGCCAGCUUCCCCAUCAGCCCAGCACCCCUUCACGCCAGAACUCGCGGCGUUCGGAAAGUGGGUCGGAGCGGGGAGAGGCGGAGCACGCACCUGACGGGGUGAGUAGCAGCAGCAGCGGAACCAUCCUACAACGGCGAGAGUCGGGAAAAGACAAGACCAGACUCCUUUCAGCCACCAACGGGACGCCGUCUGUCUCUUGAAAAGAAUGUUGCGGAAGAGAAGCUCGGACCUUUUCUCUUCCUCCCUCCCACCUUCGUCCUCCCGUUCCCCAGAUUCCGCCACUUCUUUCCAGCCUUGGAGUCAAUCAACUGGAGGAAAGAUGGAGAAUUUUCCCUGAUCUUACAUGGGAAUGUGAUGGACAGCCUCCAGAAAGGCUGCCUUUAGUAAAAACAUGUAUUUGUGGUGACAAGUUGAAUGGAAAUCUUGUCCAUGAAAAACUUUCUACUAUAAAAACACAUAGAGUUCACCUUUGGAAACAAACCAAGAAAGCACACAACAUUUCACCAGAUGGAUCGGCGGGAACGCUUAACUCCAUCAGAGUGGUCCCUGAGGACAGCGACCGGUGAAAAAGGCUUCGUCGGCACCAGUCUCUGCUCAUCCACCGUCUGCACCUCAUCACCUGGAAGUCUUCUGUCGGGUCUCCUCUUCAUCAAACCUGUGUCUGUAAAAGACAAAAAGCAAAGUGGACUGCCGCCAUGAACGCUCAACAGAGCUUUUACAUGGUCAUCUGAGAGGUGGAACAAAACAAAAAAAAGGAGAAGCAGUCUGCUGAUAACGCAGUCCAGUGCAUUUCAACAUAAGACAGGCCACAUUGUCAUGAAUGCAUAAAGCCCAGAAAUAUGUCUGAACUACACUGACAAAGCUAUGAUACCAUAUUGCCUUUAAAGGGGGUGGAAAGGUGGAUGCUUCCCCAAUAACGUUUGGAGGCAUGUUGGAGGAGAGGGAGGUGAAUGCAUUGGACAGAAGGCUGCAUGAUUCCUCAGAAGGUGAUGACCAGGAAAAAAGAGAUGAGUUGGCUUUAACUACAAAUGUUUUAUUUUACUUUAUUCCAACGAGCGCUGACAUUGUCACUGUAGUUUUUCUUUCCCUCCAGACUGGUUGUGCAUCUCCAACGCUUUCCUUUAGUUGAAGGCUUCAGCUGCUGGAUUUUCCACACUGAGCUGAGCGAUCAGUUAAGCCCUUGCAGUGAAAACAGUAAUCCUCUGAUGCAGAUUCUACAAAUCAGCUACGAUUGUUAGCUCUCUGUUGGCUGAUUUGAAAAAAUGUUCCUGGGUCUGCAGAGGAAACUUGGGUAAUGUUCCUACUUCUGCUUUCUGUGUUUGCGUCACUCGGUCCAAAUAGUUUGGACAGCAGCUGAAGUGUCUUCACUUAAGCUGCUGCUAACACGGAUGUGAUUCCGCUCUGGGACAACAUUUUGUCUGUUUUUACUAAAAAAAACGCGGUUUACUGAAGCUUUACAGUUAGUGUAGUGAUCAUUGACUGUAGAACUGGACUGAGUGACUCCUCCCCAAACAGGAAGUACCCACCAAAAUCCCAUAGACUUCUAUAGAGAAAUAAACAGCUGUCACUCUGUCAUUCCAUUGGUCAGAAGGAUCAUUCUUGCUCUUUUUUAAAACAUUCUUGAUAAUCCUCAUUUCUUCUCAUGAUAUUUUUUCUUUAUAAUAAGUUAUUCAAGUUAUAAACUGGCCAAUCAGAUGCCUCAUGUAGAGUAUGCAGCCUCACAUCCAAUGUUCAAAGCUUUUGAUUGAAAAAUAAACCCGAACCUGGGGUUAUUGCCUUCCAACUCCCCUGAUUGCUGAGAUUGGUUGCUAUAGAAACGAUGGAUCAGACCAAAUCGGACCGAUUUCUGCUCACUGACGGCGUCUGGUUCCAUCCUGGCGACGUCCAUGCCGCGCUAAAAAUGCCAUGGGAACUAUUGACUUCAUUUGGUUGGAACCAAAUUGGUGAUGUUACCGUCGCUCAGUCCAGGUCUCAUUUACAGUCCACGUCAUGCAGCUGGUUUGAGAGGCUAGGGGGAUGAUUAAAGAGCGUUCAGAAAAUGCCCAUCAUGAAUCAGAACAAUGGUCCGACUUCUGACCACGAAUGAUCAGAGGUCGGACCCGUCCCAGCUCUUUAAAUCAAAGGAGUCCCGUCAGGCAGCAGCACGGUGCCGCUCUGCAUACUUUUUACAGCAAUUUAUUGCAAAACAGUUCAGAGAAAUUCCACUUGUCAAGUUGGAAUUAACAUUUUAAGGCUUUCUAAACACUGAUGAACAGAGUUCUGCCCGUAAAACUCUGUUGGAAUUCCUGUUCCUAACACAGAUUCAGCUAUUUUUUUGGUUGAAUUAACUCAUGAAUGUCUGGAUUACGUUGUCAGAGUUGUCGGCAGACUGAAUCAUCUCCUUUGUCCUGUUGGCUUAAGGGGAUAAAAAAAUGAAACUGUUGAGCUCCUCUUCUCAGAAAUUAGGUUCAAAGCACAAAUCAACCAUCUCUUGAUUUGACCCUUGGUUAAUUAGCUAACAAAUGCACUUUAAAAAUCUGUUAUGCAACCUGAACCCAAACUAAAACGGCUUCCGUCUUUUAUGGAAUAAGCCUGAACAAAGUGCUACAGGAAACUGUAAACUGAAUCGGAGUCUCCUGGAUGAAUGUUAGCAGAGUGAACGUGUUUAUUUCCCUUGUUGGAACAGUUCUGAUCAGGUGAGAUUGGAUUACAGCUGUUUUUAUUGCUGAGCGAAGCUGCUUUUACCUCAGAAUUCUGUAUCUUCUUUGCCACAAACCCAACUUUUAUGUCUGUGGUCUUGUCCUUAGUUACAAACACAUUCAUCACAGCACAAACAAGAGAAGCUACAGAAUUUGGGAUCAUCAAAAGACAAAAGCUUUCUUUUUUCUUUUACUUUGACCUGAAAUAAAUGGCACCAAUCUGCAUAGUGCUGCAAAUAGUGCUCACAAAGUUGACUCCUCUGCUGCUUAAGUUCGAGUUCGACUGGUCCAGAUUAUAAUUUGGCAAGCAUUCAUUCUUGUUCCUCCUUGUUAAUGCUGUCUCCUUAAAUGUGAUUCAAAGCCACAAACAGGACCAGUGAUACGUUUUCUCGUGUUCUUUUAUUUAAAAACGUAAAGAGCUCAUAUUUAUUGUUUUUUGUGAAUAUUGUGAAAGGAGCAGAAACCAAACCUCCAUUCAGCCUCACACACAGCUAAAGGCCUCAUUAUUUAGCUCAUGUUGACAUGAAAAUUGUUUUUAUUUUUCUUUGCAAAGAAGGAGUAAAGGCAGAAGCUCUGGAUGUUAAAGCAAAUGCAGGUCAGACAGGAGUCAUGAAUGUUCAACUGGGGUUUGAGGGGUUUCCAUCCAUCACUAGGCCAUUUUCUCUGUACUGGAACGAAGGCUUGGAGGAUUCCUGCCUGCAUGCAAGAGGGAGAAAAGUCAAAACAUGAUGUUUUUCCUCAUGACGGGAACAGAAAAGGCUGCUUCUGUCCGCAUCCACUCGGCACCAAGUAAAAAACGGAGAAGCUGCCUCUACAAAUCAAAAUGUUCCGUUUUUAGUCUUCAUUCAUCCUGUCUGUGUUCUGCUCGGGUUCUGUUUUUCGUCACCAGAACAGUGGUCUGUUUAGAACUCUGGUUCUGACCAGCUGGAUUGGUCGGGUCUGCUGUAAAGUGCUGAUCCAAACUGAGCUGAGGCAGAUUCAGACUUUUUCUUUUAAAUCUUCUAUUCACCAGAACUUCCUUCUGUCCUGUUCUUGUUCAACUAGAACUUGUCCUGAAUGUAAAAUGGACACGAGGACGAGAGAAAAAACCCAAAAUGUUUUGUCUUUUUGUGCAGUUUAGCUCUCAAAUGUCCACUUGAAGACAUUUAGGGGAUGGAAACUCGUGUCUCUAACAGUUUAGACCCACCGUUUGUGUCUCUGCAGACGUUAGGUCAGCAUUUGGGCUUCUCACCUCAGAUCAAAAUUCAGAUUAGCGUGGGCUCUGUUCACGUCCUCCACUGGACCGAAUGUCGUGGAAUGUCACAAGCAUGCUUGAUCCACAUCCAGCCAGCAUUUUAAUCUUCUGUGUUCAUCCACAACCAACAGCCGCUCCCAUCUGUUCAUCCAGUCAAAUGGGCGCUUAUGCAGAAGAGGGAUUGCCACAGAUUUUCUCAAAGUCUCAGCCUUCGCUGCUCUGCAGGAUUCUAAAAACACAACGAAAUGGCAAAACCACUACAUUUACUGGGAGGACUUUGUGUGCUUGAGUGUAAAACAACUGGUUAUAAAAGGUUUAGCAUGGAGCUUUGUUUUUCUGAUUAUGCAGAAAAAACAGGAAGUUUUCAAAACUCAUUCUUGGGAUCAUGCUGGAUACAAGAAAAUGUGCAGACUUUGAUUGAAAUUGAAGCCCCCCUCUUUGCACUUUACCGUAUUCAGCUAAACUGAGAACAAUGUCAGAGUCGUCCCUUCAUGAACAUUCAUCACAAAAAAAACCCAUCCUGCCGUGGCUUUUCUUCAAAGGAGGUCUGAUCCGUCCUUCAGAAUGUUCUGUUGAUGUUCGCUCUGUUUUGGAAGUUUUCUUUUCACUUUUUGUUGCACCUUUUGUGCUGUAAUGGUCGAUGUAAAAAUGACAAACGCUGUUUGCUCUCUUCCUGCCCGCCACGGGCAGACGAGUGCCGUCAAAGGCUGCGGCCUUGCAGUACAAAGUCAUCAGAGGACAAGGGAUUUUCUUUUUCUUUUCAUCUGUUCUUUAAGGGUGGGCUCAAUCUUCUCACAUGAAAUGUCCGACGGGGAAAAAGAUCAAACAAAGAAGGAGGUAAAUAUUUUCCACCCCAGUCCAUUUCACCUCUUUGUAUUUCCAUCCUUAACCCAAAUGCACAUAUUCUACCCCUUAUAUAAUCACCUGACUUGUAUUCCUUUCCCACACUGCAUACCUCCAUGCAGAUGCUGUAUACGUUUGCAUACGCGGUGUACCUCUCUCUGUCUCCAUUGUAUGCCAUUCAUAUCUAUGUAGCGCUCACUCUUUUAUUGAAACUGUAGUCACCAUUAGAGUUCUUCUAUUGCUCAUUUUCUGCAGUUAUAACGGUACAGGUGUAAUCUCUACUGCCCAUUUACCCCCCCCCCCCCUCCCCUCCCCUUAUUCAUCCUCACCCCUUCCACACAUGCCUCCCCUCUCCUGCUUUUCACAGAGACGUUUUCAUGUUUAAAAAGGGGGGAGGGAGGGGGGAGAAGCAGCUCAAGUGACUGUACUAUAACUCCUACAAAGGAAAAGUGCGCUAUGAUUAUUAUUGCCUGUAAGAAAUACCGAACAAUAAAGAAAAAAUGGAAAGAA